AGAGGUCUAUACUUGAGGAGGCUCAUUCUUCAGCUUAUGCUAUGCAUCCAGGAGGUACUAAGAUGUACCGAGAUUUGAAGGAAAGUUACUGGUGGUCAGGUAUGAAGAGGGACAUCGCAGAGUAUGUGAGUCGAUGCCUUACUUGCCAGCAAGUUAAGGCAGAACAUCAGCACCCGGCAGGGCUUUUGCAGCCACUCACCAUCCCAGAGUGGAAGUGGGAGCACGUGACCAUGGACUUCGUGGUGGGGCUACCACGAACAGUGAACAACUAUGAUGCAGUUUGGGUAGUGGUUGAUAGGCUCACCAAGAGUGCACACUUUUUGCCUAUCAACAUUACUUAUCCUCUUGAAAGAUUGGCCAAGCUCUACACGGAGGAAAUUGUGAGAUUACAUGGAGUCCCGAUAUCCAUUGUCUCGGAUAGGGAUCCACGAUUCACAUCCCGAUUUUGGCCAAAGUUUCAGGCAUCGCUGGGUACCAAACUGAAGUUUAGCACAGCUUUUCACCCACAGACGGAUGGACAGUCCGAGCGGGUGAUACAGAUUUUGGAAGACAUGCUUAGGGCAUGUGCUUUGGAGUUCCAAGGAAGUUGGGACAAGCAUUUGGCCCUAGUGGAGUUUGCUUAUAACAACAGUUAUCAAGCAAGUAUCGGCAUGCCUCCAUAUGAGGCAUUGUAUGGGAGGAAAUGCAGAACACCGUUGUGUUGGGACGAGGUUGGCGAGGCCAAACUCGAAGGGAUAGAGCUGGUUGAGAUCACCAAGGCCAAGGUAAGGAUCAUUCGGGAUAGAUUGAAGGCUGCUCAGGACCGACAGAAGAGUUAUGCUGAUAAACGGCGGAGACCGUUGGAGUUCGAAGUCGGUGACGAGGUCUUCCUAAGGAUUUCUCCUUGGAAGGGCAUCAUUCGAUUUGUAUCGAGGGGAAAGCUUAACCCCCGAUACAUUGGUCCAUUUGAGAUCCUUGAAAGGAUUGGAGCCGUGGCUUAUCGUCUCAAGUUAACGCCGGAACUUGAGAAGAUACAUGAUGUGUUUCAUGUAUCAAUGCUCAAGAAGUACAUACGGGAUCCCUCUCAUAUUCUUGAGAAACCGCCAGUAGAGAUCCGUGGGGAUUUGCAAUAUGCGGUGGAACCAGUGAAGAUUGUUGGUCAACAAGUGAAGAAGCUUAGGAAUAAGGAGAUUCCUAUGGUAAAGGUCCUUUGGAGGAGUGAUCGAGUCGAAGAAGAAACUUGGGAGACCGAGGUCUCAAUGAGGGAGCAAUACCCAUUUCUUUUCGAUUAGAUACUUGGAUUUCGGGGACGAAAUCCCAAAUAAGGGGGGGUGAACUUGUAACACCGUCCCCAAAUAUAUUUACUUUUAUGUAAAUAAUGUAUUGAACCUUAUUAAAGGGUUAAUGAAUUUACGAAGUUGUAAAUUUUUACUACUUCUUUCGCGUGAAUAGUAAAUUGCACGUGGGACCCACACCGAGUGUGGGGGCUGCCCGACAUUCCCGAGACCAUAUAUUUUAUUCAUCUUGGUCUAGAUAAUAAAUAUAUAUUGGUGGAUAUUUCAUUUGGGCCAUGGAAAGGCCCAGAGUUGACCGAUCGGUCAAAAGAGGCCCAAAUUACCGGUACUGGUAAUUUAACGGAUAACAGCCCGAACUGAAUUUCGGAGGCUUAUAAAUUAAAGUUGGGGAAUGUAUAUUCAUUAUACAUGUCAUAAUGAGUAAGAGCACAUAAUAUAUUUUAUUGGACCUGAUAAAAUAAAAUAUAUUUAAAACAGUCCAAAAAAUACAACUUUCGGGACCGAUUGUACACUUCGGGACAAAAAGGGUUGACCUCCCACAUGAGUGGGGGCCAACCCACGUUUUUGCCACUCAAAUUGGAGGGGUUGGCCGGCUGGUAAGAGAAGAGAAGCAUGGGAGGAGGCUUUGAUAUGAUCUUUAUGGCAUCAAACAAAAAUGAGGUGGCCCCCAUCCACACUCAUUUGUUCAAUGAGACAAAUGGGUAAGCCUCACCCCUCUCCCACCCUCAUUUUCGGCCAAGAGAACCCAGGAAGAGCAAAGAACCACCCAACCUCCUUCCUCCAUUGUUGAAGAGAGCUCAUCAAAGAAGAAUCACCCAAAAAAGAGCUAAAGUGCUAAAAGUGUGAAAUAAUUAAGGAACUUGUGAAAGGUAUUUCAAGUGAUUUCACAAAGUUGGAAAAGUCGCCGGAGUUGUCGCCGGAGUUGACCGAAAGUCGCCGGAGUUUCACCGGAGUUCAACCAAGAAGGGUAGAACUUCAUAACGCUAAUUCAAGGUGAGUGGACGGCUUAAUAUCUUAUAACUUUUGGGUUAAUUAUGAGAUUACCUAAAUAAAUGUUAUAUGAGUUCAUAAUAAUGU